AUGGCAAAAGAAGGAGGAACCAUCGUAUCUGGUGAACAUGGUAUUACCACAAUCUGUGUGCCUAGGAGGGAUAGUUACUUGCAUUCUGUAGGCAUGUGGGUUGGAGAUAAUCCAUUUGAUUUUGUUGUUCCUGUCACGUUGUUCCAAAUCAUUAUCUUCAUUAUAGCUUCCCGAAUAUUGUACAUUGUUCUCAGGCCUCUAAGCACACCCAAAUUCGUCUGCUAUGUUCUGGGUGGCAUUCUGGUAGGACCAUCAAUUUUGGGCAACCAUUUAUUUGAAGUUGUAUAUCCUCCUAUACAAUCUCCAAUUUUAUUCUUGUUGGGAAGGUUAGGUGCUGCAUAUAGUGUGUUCUUCAUCACACUAAAAAUGGACAUAGUCCCAACUAUAAAAGCAGCCAAAAAAUAUUGGAAAUUAGGUUUCAUGCCGUUCUUAAGUUCUUUUCUUGUUAUGUACACCCUAGCACACUAUACCAACUUGGAAUAUAGAGGUAAAUUAAAGCAACCAAGCAUCCCUUGUUGGACUAGUUUUCCCGUUGUCUCAGAUUUCUUGAUGGAACUCAACCUUAUAACUAUGGAAAUAGGUCAGAUCGCUCUGUCUACGGCUAUCGUGUCCGAAAUGUGUCAGUGGAUUGUGUUGAUAACCUACGUGUUAGCAACAAACACACUAAACUUCUCAUUUGCAAACCUAAGUUUCCUUGUGGCCUUCUUGAUGUUCUUGUGCUUUGUUGUAAGACCAAUAAUGAAGGUGAUAAUUAAAAGAACACCAAAGGGGGAACCGGUAAAACAAGGUUAUGUUACUAUGGUCCUUCUAGGUGUUAUUGGCAUGGCAACAAUUAGUGAUAUCAUUGGAAUAACGUUCAUAAUGGGACCCACACUUUAUGGUUUGUUUAUCCCUAAUGGUCCCCCUUUGGCAACAACAAUAGUGGAGAGGUCUGAAGUUGUUAUAUCGGAACUUAUUAUGCCUUUUUUCUAUUUGACGUUAGGCACAACCACAAAAAUAAGUAGCAUUACUGAUGAAUAUUGGUACCAAAAUUUGAUGGUUGAGUUUGUUGUUUUGUGUGGGGUCAUGACAAAAGUGCUUGUAACUAUGGUCCUUGGCAUGGCGCAUAAUUUAAGAUUAAAACAUGGGUUUAUUCUUGGCCUUAUGAUGAGCAUUGAAGGCAUACUUGACCUAAUCUUAUUUCAUGGAAUGAUGAGAGCACAGAACCAAGUGCACAUGAUGCAAGAGUGA